AUGGGUGGGAGGAAUGAAACCAAAGUCAUGUAUUUCAUUCUCCUGGGUUUUCCCACAACUGGUGAACUGCAGCUGCUUCUCUUCUCUGCUUUGCUUCUGGCUUAUUUAUUAACUGUGUUGGAAAACUUCCUUGUCAUUCUCAUCAUCCGAAAUAACCACAGCCUGCAAAAACCCAUGUAUUUCUUCCUAGGGAACCUGUCUUUCUUAGAGAUCUGGUAUGUUUCUGUCAUUGAGCCAAAGAUGAUCAUAGAUGUCCUGUCUCAUGACAAAAGGAUCUCCUUGCAGGGCUGCCUGGCACAGCUGCAUUUCUUUGUGACUUUUGUUUGCACUGAGUAUGUUCUGCUGGCUGUCAUGGCCUACGACCGCGUUGUGGCCAUCUGCAAACCCCUCAGGUAUCCCCUCAUCAUGAGCCACAAGCUCUGUGCUCAGCUGGUGGCUGCCUGUUGGGUGUGUGGUUUGACCACCUCUUCCAUCAAGCUGAGCUUUAUAGCCCAGCUCUCGUUCUGUGAUGUGGACAAAAUCAAUCAUUAUUUCUGUGACAUUUCCCCCCUCCUGAACAUCUCCUGCAGCGAUUCCUCUCUGGCUGAGCUAGUGGACUUCACCUUGGCUCUGCUGGUCAUCAUGCUGCCUCUGUGCACUGUGGUGGCCUCCUAUAUCUGCAUCCUGUUCACUGUGUUGAAGAUUCCUUCUUCCCAGGGGAGGCAAAAGGCCUUUUCCACCUGCAGCUCCCACCUGACCGUGGUGAUUUUGUUCUACUCCACCACUCUCUUCACCUACGCCCACCCCAAGCUCAUGUACACCUAUCGUGCUAACAAGCUGGUGUCAGUUCUGUACACUGUGCUUGUGCCACUUCUGAAUCCUCUCAUAUAUUGCCUUAGAAACAAAGAAGUCAGGGUUGCCCUGAGGAAGACUUUUACUUGCAGAAGAGACACCAAAGAAAUCAACUGAGGAGUCCCAGAGAAGGGGCUCUGCUCAUGAAGAUCAACUGGCAGCGCUGAGGAGCUGAAAUCAGGAGGUCAAACCUUAAUCCAUGCAACCACAACUCAUAUUUAUUAAACUAAACCUUGAUAUAUCUAUGUAUAAACUAUGGUUUUGACUUGGGUUUGGGUUUUUUUUUUUGCUUGUUUUCCCCUUAAGAAUCAAUGCUGUCACCCUUUCUUAAAAGUUUCCGGCUGAAUGACUGCUCUGUUUUUAAAGAUGUUUGGAAAUGCUGGAAAAUGAACCCCAGGUUUGUUUGCUCUAGAUGGAAUAGAGUCCAGAAAACAUUGUAAAAUGUAUGUGACAAUCAGCUAUCUAUGUGUGAUUUAUUUAGUCCAAGAUUUUGUUAUUAUCCCUUGAGAGAAAUAGGCAGCAGAAAAGGAUGGGUAAUUGCAACAUUCUUAGAUUCCUGGUGUAGGACAAAAGGAGCCAUCCUCUGAAGAAGAAAAUGUUUCUAAUAUGGCAUUAGAGAAGGUAUAAUGUGAGUAUUCACAUGGUACAGCUGCAUUCACUUGGCCUCUGUCUCAGCUCCACAACAGGACCAAGGUAUCCUAAAUAAGCUCAUUUCACACCAAGUAAUGUAUUCCAUAAAGAAAUUCAGACAGAGGAUAAAUCACUUCAGUAUUUUCCUCAGGCUGCAGGAACCUUGGAGCAGCAGUAUUUCAUCAGGAGCAAUGAUCUCAGGCAGGAGUCUGGAAACACAGCUGGUGAAUCUCAGCUAAACAUGGAUUGGCUGGGAGAAAAUCUGAUUAUCAGUGAGAAAUAAAAUGGUGCCUCUAAGAAAACUGCUCUGUGUUCAGACUAUCACAGUGCUUCAGAGCUUUUAAUAUUCUGUAAUAAACAAACAAAUCUGUCAGCAGAGUGCAUCUCCAUGUGAGCAUAUUAAAUCUGGGUUUGAGUUUGUGACUAAGACCAUGGUAUCUGAUAUUCUGUGCUCUGUACUAGCAAAAUACUGACAUUCAGAUUUCCAGGGAAGAAACCUGGAAGAAUCUUGUCUGUGCAUACUGUGCCAUGUAUUGUCUUGUUUCAAACAAGACUUUUGGAGGAUUUGAGCACAAUUAAGGGGAGAGAUGUCAGGAACAGCCUGAAGUUAACCAUAGUGGGGAGCUCUCACCAGAAAUGCAGAGUGCUGGCUGUAAUCCAGGCAUUAGCAGAAAAUCUGUUAUGAGAAAAUAGGUAAUUAACACAAAAUUAAUAUACAGUACAAUAUGAACCAUUGCAAAGGAACAACGACAAAAAAAAAAAAUCAGUAGUUCUUUAGAGUUGCAUUGAAAAUCAAGAGCCACAGAUACAGCUAGAUAUGAAUUCUUCUAAAAAUACCUGAAGUUUAGACAUGUCUAUUUAGACACCUAAGCAAACUACCCUCAGCUCCUUUACUACUCAUGCAUAUAGAUUUUCACCCUAUAAAUAUGUUAUUUAUCUAUAAGAUAUGGUUUUAUGUUCAGCCAUCUCCAAGGAAAUGGGGGUCACACCUAAGGGUUCCUUUGGAAGGGA